CCUGCCAGGAAGCCCAGAGCGCAGAGAUAUUUCUUCAUUUCUCCUUCCACCUGCCGUUGGCUGCCCGAACGCAACUGCUCCAAGUCGGCAGCGCGCAGCCCCCCGCACGCUCACGGCUCCCUUCCAGCGGCCGGGGGCUGCCGCCAGUGGAUUUGGGGUUUUCCCCCUCUCCUGAUAGAUACUUGUGCAAAUGCUUAAACACUGCUAAUUGCCGAAGCAUAUUAUCCUACAACCCUCGCUGAGGAGGUAGGACCGCAGAGGGUCGUGCCCGACGCCCAUGUGCAAGUGCAGUGAUGAAUCUCUUGUGUAGCUGAAGUGCAGACCAGUUGGAAUAUGCUGCAGACAAUUUACGAGAGUGAAUCGUGUUUUUCCUCAGAUGGAGUUUCUGGACGCGAACAGCUCUUGGCUCAGCAAAGAAUGCACAGUAUGAUCAGCUCAGUGGAUGUAAAGUCAGAGGUUCCCGUGGGGUUAGAGCCUAUCUCACCAUUAGACUUGCGAACUGAUCUCAGGAUGAUGGUUCCCAUGGUGGACCCAAUUAUGCGUGAAAAGCAGCUACAGCAGGAACUACUCCUGAUCCAACAGCAGCAGCAAAUUCAGAAACAACUGCUGAUUGCAGAGUUUCAGAAGCAGCAUGAAAACCUGACCCGCCAGCAUCAGGCCCAGCUCCAGGAGCACAUAAAGUUACAACAGGAACUCCUAGCCAUUAAACAACAGCAAGAACUCCUUGAAAAAGAGCAGAAACUGGAGCAGCAAAGGCAAGAGCAGGAACUGGAGAGGCAUCGCAGGGAGCAACAGCUUCCUCCCCUCCGAGGCAAAGAAAGAGGACGAGAAAGGGCAGUGGCCAGUACAGAAGUGAAGCAGAAACUUCAGGAGUUCCUGUUGAGUAAAUCAGCAACAAAAGACUCUCCGGCAAAUGGGAAGAAUCAUUCCAUGAAUCGCCACCCCAAGCUCUGGUACACGGCUGCCCACCAUACCUCACUGGAUCAAAGCUCUCCACCCCUGAGCGGGGCCUCACCACCAUACAAAUACACUUUACCAGGAGCACAGGAUGCCAAGGAUGAUUUUCCACUUCGUAAAACGGCCUCAGAGCCCAAUUUGAAGGUACGUUCAAGGUUAAAACAAAAGGUGACAGAAAGGAGAAGCAGUCCUUUACUCAGGAGGAAGGAUGGAAAUGUCAGUUCCUUCAAGAAGCGUCUUUUCGAGGUGACAGAAUCCUCAGUCAGUAGCAGCUCCCCUGGAUCAGGUCCCAGUUCCCCAAGCAAUGGUCCAACCAGCAGUACAACAGAAAGCGAAACCUCAGUUUUGCCAUCUAACAUUCAAGCUGAGCAUCUGGUUUCCCAGCAACGCCUUUUGAUACAGGAUGAAUCAGUGAACUUGUUGAGUCUGUACACAUCCCCUUCUUUGCCCAACAUUACCUUGGGACUUCCAGCAAUACAACCUCAAAUCAGUGGAGUCAGGGAGUGCUCCAGGAAAAGUAAUAGCUUCCCACUACUACAGGCUUCAUCGUCAUUCAAAGAAAAGCAGAAGGGGGAGACCCCAUCACUCAGACAAGGAGUGGCCUUGGCUGGACAGUAUGGAGGAAACAUUCCUCCAUCAUCAACUCAUCCUCACAUUACUUUGGAGGGAAAGCCAAAUAGCAGCCACCAAGCUCUCUUGCAGCAUCUGUUACUGAAAGAACAAAUGAGACAGCAAAAACUUCUUGUGACUGGAGCGGUUCCUCUUCAUCCGCAGUCUCCUUUAGCAGCAAAGGAGAGAGUCUCACCUGGCAUAAGAGCUGCCCACAAACUGCCUCGUCACAGGCCACUGAAUCGAACCCAGUCAGCUCCUCUUCCUCAGAGUACUUUGGCCCAGCUGGUCAUCCAGCAGCAACAUCAGCAGUUUUUGGAGAAGCAGAAACAAUACCAGCAGCAGGUCCACAUGAAUAAGAUGCUCUCUAAGUCCAUUGAGCAGCUCAAGCAGCCUGGCAGUCAGCUGGAGGAAGCUGAAGAAGAGCUUCACGGUGAUCACUCCAUGCAGGAAGAGCGAGCUCCCGCCAGCGGUGCCAGCGGUGCCAGCAUUAGGGCUGAGAGCAGCAGUGCUGGUGUGGAUGACAGAAUAGGACAGCAGGUGGGGGCUGUGAAAGUCAAAGAGGAGCCACUGGACAGUGAUGAGGAUGUUCAAACCCAGCAAAUGGAAUCUGGGGAGCAAGCUGCUUUUAUGCAACAGGAGUUCCUGGCACAUCGGCAUGUCCACCAGUUGCAAAUCUACCAGGCUCAGAUGGCUACAGUUGGCAUGGCAGGAUCAGAUAAACAUCAACCGGUGUCCGGGACCCCAUCUUCCCCCACUGAUUCCACAUUACCUCACCCAGACACGGACCAGCCCAGCCAGCAUGUCUACACGACUGGUGUUGUGUAUGACAGUCUGAUGCUGAAGCACCAGUGUAUGUGUGGGAACUAUGCUAAUCACCCUGAACAUGCUGGAAGAAUCCAAAGCAUCUGGUCAAGGCUGCAAGAAACUGGGUUGCUAAACAAGUGCGAGCGAAUUCGAGGUCGAAAAGCCAGUCUGGAAGAAAUACAGCUGGUUCACUCUGAACAUCAUUCACUGUUGUAUGGCACCAGUCCCCUGAACAGACAGAAGCUGGACCCCAGGAAACUCCUAGGAAACAUGUCUCAAAAACUAUUUUCCUUGUUGCCUUGUGGGGGACUUGGGGUGGACAGUGACACCGUUUGGAACGAGCUGCACUCGGCCGGGGCGGCACGCAUGGCGGUGGGCUGUGUCAUCGAGCUGGCGGCCCGCGUGGCCUCCCGGGAGCUGAAGAAUGGCUUUGCUGUUGUAAGGCCCCCAGGCCAUCAUGCUGAAGAAUCAACAGCCAUGGGGUUCUGCUUUUUUAAUUCAAUUGCAAUUACUGCCAAAUACUUGAGAGACAAGCUAAAUAUAGGCAAGAUAUUGAUUGUAGAUCUGGAUGUUCACCAUGGCAACGGUACACAGCAGGCUUUUUAUGCUGACCCCAGCAUCCUGUAUGUUUCCCUCCAUCGCUAUGAUGAAGGCAACUUCUUCCCUGGCAGUGGAGCCCCAAAUGAGGUUGGAAGUGGCCCUGGUGAAGGGUAUAACAUAAAUAUCGCUUGGACAGGUGGCUUGGACCCCCCUAUGGGUGAUGUUGAGUAUCUCGCAGCAUUCAGGACUGUGAUUAUGCCAGCUGCCAAUGAGUUUGAUCCAGAGAUUGUCCUGGUGUCAGCAGGAUUCGAUGCUGUAGAAGGUCACGACCCUCCUCUGGGCGGGUACAAAGUCACAGCUAAAUGUUUUGGUCACCUAACCAAGCAAUUGCUGAAGUUAGCGGAUGGCCGUGUUGUGCUGGCACUGGAGGGAGGACAUGACCUUACCGCCAUCUGUGAUGCAUCUGAAGCCUGUAUAAACGCCCUUUUAGGAAAUGAGCUGGAGCCUCUCCCGGAAGAUGUUGUUCACCAAAUCCCCAAUAUGAAUGCAAUAGCUUCUUUGAAAAAGACCACUGAAAUUCAAAGCAAGUACUGGAAGUCAGUGGAGCCAUACUCUGUGCCAGUGGACUGUGCUCUGGCUGAGUCUCAGCAACAAGAGAGGGAGGAGACAGAAACGGUAUCUGCUAUGGCCUCUCUUUCAGUGGAUGUUGAGCAGUGUAUCCCUCAGGAAGGCAGCAGAGCUGCUGGUGAGCCCAUGGAAGAAGAGCCAGCCUUGUGAAGUGCCAAGUCCUCCCUGAUAUUUCCUGUGGGUGACAUCAUUGUGUAUCCCCCAAAGCACCCUCAGACAUGUCUUGUCUGCUUCUUGGGUGGCACAGAUCAGAUGGAACAUAAACACUGGGCACAGCACUCUGAAUAGCAGCUUCACUUGUUCUUUGGAUGGACUUGAAAGAGCCCAAAAGAUUCCUUAAAUGUAACUGCUACAAUUCUAGAGUUACAGAAAAAUGGGCUUGAGAGAAAGAGCCUAGAGCAUGCUUUUUAUAUGCUGUUUGACCCACUCACCAACAGAAAUUGUGAAAUAGAGUAUUGCAAAAUUCUACAUGAUAGAUCAUAGAUAUGAGAAUUGCAACAGCCAGCAACAUACUCUGUGAACUCCAUGACUCACUUUCUGACACUUUUUACUGGGUAAUUUUUUUCAUACUGUGUUAAAUUGUUAAUAGAAUUUGUUUUCUUUGCUCUGUUUCAUGAAGAAAAAUCUCCACCCUUAUUUUACGUGCCAAUUUUUAAUCUCCUGUAAUGAAUUCUUAGCUGAAUAAGUGAAAAGUGUUUAAAUUAUGACGAGGGAUUUUAGAUAAAGGGAAAGGACUUUUUCUUGUACUAUAAGUCCCCCGAAGUAGUGUGCUUGGUGGUGCUUUAUUUUCUCUUCCCUUUUCCUGGUCAUCCCUCCCCAUUUCAUGUAAUCUUUUCUAUCAUAAAAACACAUCCACAAAUCUCUAAAACAAGCGAUCUUCUGCCUUUAAAAAAAAGUGCUGUACCCUCUGUAGUUGACAGUAGCGCUCACCAUAUGUGCAGCAGAGAUCAAGUAUGGAUAGUUUUUCAAAUGUGUUUUUAGUUUGUUCUGAAAUGUUUCUGCGUUCUGACUCCAAAGCAACGAUCUUCAGUAACUGCGUGCAGCUCAUUUGAAGCUCAGGUGUUUCUGUGGAGGUUGUGUGGGGUGUUUUUUACAGGUCGUGACGUGAAUAUGAACUGAUUCUUUUAUGUAGUCCCGCACCAAGAGACUGAUGUUGCUUAAGAAGCUUCAAAGGGUUUAGGCUUUAUUUUAGAUCCCCAAAGUGCAGCAAGAUCUCCCUGCAAUGUGACUUCAGCUGUUUAAUUCCAUGUUUGAGAACGUUACAUAGAGUUGUGCCUUUAGCUGAUAAUGAACGCUUAAACUGUUACACGUGUUGCCUUACCGUCAGAGAAAGAGAUAGGGCAUGUAUGUAAGAGUACUUCAAAUGAACAAAACUCUGCUACAGUAACUUUUGUUUUGUUUACAACUUUCUCACUUAAUGAACCCCAGGAGAAGUAUUCAGCUUGCAGUAUUUGAUAGUUUGCUCAGCUUUUAAAAGAAAGUGAUGUUCAUUUUUUAUAUAUUUUCCAAAUUCAAAAAAAAAAAAAAAAUUAAAGCCAUAAGUGAAGACUGUCAUGCUUUUUAUUCUGAAAUCUGAAAGGAACCUUAAUUAAAACAAGAUUUUGGGGAAGGCCAUGAUAUGAAAGAUAUGGAACAAUAUGGUUUCAGUUAUAGGCAGACUCAAACCUGUAAAUCAAAGAUGAAAGAUUUCACUCAAAUAGAAUUAUAUAAUUCUCUUUUGUUAUGCAGUCAGACUAUAUCUUUCAUGCAUUUGGGUUUGUUUACUAUUAGCAUUUUAGUUUUAAAGACUUUUAUUACUUAUACCAAAGCUCUCCACUACAAUUUAGAAAUCUGAGGCAUGCUUUGAAAAGGAAAAUCUAAAAAAAAAAAAAAAUGUCAUUUCCUAUAAUGAGAAGUAAACUUUUAUUCUGAAAGGUUUACUCUAAAAUGUAGGUAUACCCCUUAGAAAGGGAAAUAAAAUUCUGACCCUCAAAAAGUGAAAUAAAAUUCUUCCCCCACCCCCCCCAUUUACAAGCCAAAACCAUGCUUGUUUUAGUAACGCAACGAGUCCCAGCAGGCUAAAUUAACUCCUGGUGUAAGCCACCUUGCCUGAUUUCAGGCUGUUCUGAAGGGGUUGUUCACAUGACUAAGGCAGUGAGGAGUUCAUCCUGCAUUUUCAGCAGACUCGUGAUGGCAAUCUUACUUGCCAUUUUCUGCAGCUUUGUUGUGAUCAUCAAAGAAAUUUCCCUUCAAGAAAACCAAGGACUACAGCUGAUGAGAUGGGUAACUUGUAGAGCUUUUCCCAUUUUGAAAUAAUGGCUGCAAAGUUUUAAUUGAGUGCAUAAUAACAUCGUUUAAAAAUUAAUUAAAAUGCAAAAUCUGAUUGUGUCGUUAGCUUGCAUGAAACUGAAUUCCAACCUGAAAUGUGAGUUACAAGCUUUUCAAAUCAAAGGCUAUAUUCUGGGUUGCAAAUCAACUAAAGCUGUCCUUUGUAGCUGGAAAUGCUUUUAAAAUGCCAAAAUAAUUUGAAUUAAACCACAUUACAAACUCACAGUUAUACAUUCAUACAGAUGUAGUCUCAAACAGACAUCUAGACAUACUAUUGGUUGAAGUUAGGAUCGUUUGGAUAAGCAAAUGUGCAAAUAAACUACACACAGAUUGUGUCCAGAGCUCUGUUCUCACUAAAGUCAAUAGCAAAAUCCUCUUUGAUUUCAAUGGGAGAUGAUCAGGCUGUGCUUUUUUUUUUUUUUUUUUGUUUGUCCUUUAAUUCCGGAGAACCAUUACUUUUUGAUUAUGUCAUUACAAGGCACCAUACAGCCCUGUGGGAAAUGAUUGAGGCUUAUGGUGAAUAUCAACACUUCCUUCAAAGCAGACCUGGACUUUCUGAGAGGGCAGUUUCACUUGCUGCUGUUUUCUUCUCACAGUAUUUUUUAUUACCAUCAAUAGCUCCCCAUGGAUUAGAGUUAAAAUAUCUUCCAGCAAUUUUAGUCAUACUUCCAGGGAAAUAUUCACAUAGACAUUCUUAAAAACGACCAGUUUUAACUGGAUUCAACAAAAAAUUGCAAGCAUUUCAGAAAGAUGCAUGAAUUACGUGUUUCAAAUGUCCAGAUUCAGAGGCUAAAGAACUGUUUUUGAGGAGACAUCAGUAUCUCAUGUCUCCCAUGGACAUCUCCCUUAGGCUAGAGGGAUUGACACCUCUGAAAAUUCAUUCCCAGAUAUUUCAUGCUGGCUGCCAAAAUAUCUACCUUUGAGCUUAGAUUACAUCUAAAAAUGAGCUAAAAUGCAUAAACAAGAUGGGAAAAAAGUUGGUUUCUGUGUGUGAUUCCAUGGAGAAGGUGAAGCUGAGGAGGUGGCAGAGAGCAUUCGGAGCCAGGGUGACCCUGUGUCUGGUGCUGGUGGUACAAGGGCUGCAGGCAGGCAGAGGGACAUCCCACAGAACCCCCACCCCAGGCUCACAGGGGAAGCAUGCAGUCAUUUGCACUCUACCCCGAAUCAAGGUGUCCCUAAGUCACCAACUACCAGAAUGAGAGAUGCCUCAGCAGCAAGUACCACUAACAUGCUUGCUCCAGUUCACAUUCUUCUCCAGUGUUAGGGACUAAAUAUUAAGAUGAAUGUGGCUUUUCUUGUAUUGUUAUGCUUUUCCUGUACUUUUAGGUCAUUAAAUACUUUUUUUGUAUUCUUAGGUUCUUCAGUGUGUAGUAGAAACUGAAAACUAAAAGAGAUAUGACUCAGGAUGUGAAGAAAAGAAUUAAUUUUAUCCAGCUUAAUGCUCUUACCUGGGCUGCAGUGAGAACAAUCAUGAACAGCAAAUCUCAGAACUGCUGUAACCUAAGAGUUUCUUGCACUUCUUUUUUGGAUUCUGUGUGCAGGAAUUCUGUAUGUGCUCAUUUGGCUUUAAUAUAAUCUGCAGCAAUGAAGUGCUUGAUUAUAUGAUCCCUUUUCAGGCAACAUUCUUAGUGAAUAAUCAAAGUUCAUGGGAAUUUUGCCAGUGUAAAGAUAACAGAAUUAUUCCCUUUUUUAAUCAUGUACCUUCCUAAUUUUACUUUCAGUAAAAAUGAAACAAUUAAUUCCAAGCAAGUGAAUCUGAGAAAAGUAAAAUCAUUAAGCUAUCUUAAA